AUGCCCCUAACCCCACAUGCUCGCUCAACCUACCGCGCCCUCCUCCGCGAACACCCGCGCCGCUCCCUCCCAAAAACCACCACAACCCCCCUCCACGCCCGCCUCCGCGACCAUUUCCGCACCACUGCGGCCACCCCGCAAUUUACAAACAUGAAGGGCAGGGUGCAGGAGGCGGAGCAGUUGGCGGUUUAUGUGAGGGCGCAGAGGACGUAUAAGGCGUUGGUGGAAAGAUAUAAUCCCGGGAUGGGGAUGGAUGAGGAAGAGAGGAUUAGGCUUACGGCUAGGAGGGUGGGGUGGGAUUUACCGGUUGUUGGUGGGGAGGGAGAGAAAAAGUGA